GUCCGCUCCCCUUAUAAUUCGAUAGCGCCCGACCGCGUCACGGUGCGCUCGCCAUGUCGGCCGUCUACGCAAAUGGCGCGAACGGCGUGAACGGGGCAGACAAGAUGUUCCCCCCGCCGCGAUACUCGGACGUGCCCAGCGCCAUCACCGUCUCGGUCGCCGAGGCCGGAGACACAAUCGAUGUCGAGAUCGCGCUCGACGAGGACAUCCAGGACGACCCCACGGAGCUGUGCACGCUGCUCGAGACUGAGAACAGCCUGAAGUCAACAUGGGUGCAGGUCGCCGUCGCCUACGCAAAGCACAAGAAGCUGCAUGUCGCCAUCGACGUGCUGAGCCAGGCCGUCAAUGCCUUCGGUCGGGCACGCGCUGAGGACCGGCUGAGUAUCCUCAACGGCCUCUGCUGGCUGUAUCUGCUCAAGUGCCGCGAAGCACCGCGUCUGAAGCAGGACUCGCCAUCUGGCCCCGAUGUCAAGACCAAGGACUUCUACAUGCAGGCAGCCACCAGCGUUCUCAACGACGCAUCGCGAAUCAGCCCCUCGUACCCUCCGCUCUUCCUCGCUCGCGGUGUCCUCUACCUCCUCCGUGCAUCCCUCCAGGCGCCUGCCACCGCUGCUGGGCCCAGUGCUGUAAGCUCGGAGCGUAUGGACACGCUCAAGCAAGCCGCAAAGUGCUUCGAAGAUGCGCUACGGGCAUCAGGUGGAAAGAACCUCAUGGCGAAGAUGGGCAAGGCGCGUGUCAGCUACUCGAUGGGCAAAUACGCAGAGGCUCUGAAGAUGUACCAGAGCAUCAUGGAGAGCUCGCCCGACCUGAUCGACCCCGACCCACGCAUCGGUAUCGGCUGCUGCUUCUGGCAGCUUGGCUUCAAGGACGAUGCUGCGAGCGCCUGGGAACGGUCGCUCGAACUCAAUCCAAGCUCGAGGAUCGCGACUGUCCUGCUCGGUGUCUACAACUUCCAUCUCACCGCCCAGCUUCCUCCUUCGGAUCCCACCUUCGGCAGGCUUGUCAAGAAGGCGCUGAACGAAUACGUCAUGCCUGCGAUGAAGAUGGACAACCAGUUUCCCUUGACUUGCGCGACUCUUGGAAGUUGGUUCAUCGUCAGGAAAGACUUCAACAAGGUCGAGGCACUCUCGAGGCGCGCUAUCGAGUUGACCGACGUAAACGCGAUCGCCAGUGACGGGUGGUACCAACUCGCCAGGAAGGAGCAUCAUCAGGAGAACUCGGCAAAGGCUGCAGAGUUCUACGCCAAGUCUGACGGCGCUCGUGGAGGAGAUGAGCGCGGCUACAUUCCAGCCAAGUUUGGUCUGGCUCAGAUGAAUGUCUUGAUGAACAACUUCGACGGCGCAAAGUUCCGACUCGAGAAGAUUCUCCAACAGCAGCCGACACUGGAGGCACAGACCCUGCUUGGCACACUGUAUGCGGAGGACGUUUUCAGCGCUCAAGCCAACAAGUCUACCGAUGACAAGUCUGCCGAGCUGAGAAAAGCACUACGCUACCUCGAAGACGUCCAGAAGGCGUGGAGAGACCCCAAGAGGAAAGCGGUCCCAGACCAGUCUGUACUAUUGAACCUCGCCAGGCUCUACGAAGCCGACCACCCUGAUAGGAGUCUGAAGUGCCUCGAGGAGGUUGAGCAGAUGGAGCUGGAUGCCAUCCCAGAGGAGGACUACCCUGAGGGCGUUGAGGAUGAGAUGGAGCUCAAGGCCGCACUCCGCGAGCUUCUUCCACCCCAGCUGCUCAACAACAUGGCCUGCUUCCACUACCAGGCGGAGCGAUUCGUGCGAGCCAGAGAAUCGUUCCAGGCGGCUCUCAACGCAUGCGUGAAGGCGGCGUCUCGCGAUGAGACAAUUGACACCGACGCGCUUGUCACAUCGAUUAGCUACAACCUCGGUCGUACUUACGAGUCUGAAGGCAUGCUAGACGAGGCGAAGGGUGUAUACGAAGGUCUACUGAAGCGACACAACGACUACAUCGACGCUCGCAUCCGACUCACGUACAUUUCGCUGCGCCAGAGCCCCGGAGAUGCAGGCCCCAAGGCGCUCAAGCAACUUUUCAAGGAGAACGAGGAGAACGUAGAGGUACGAGCUCUGUUUGCCUGGUACAAGAACAAGUCGAAACCAAAGACCCUCAACUUCGGUGAGGACGAGGAGCAGCGGAUACACAAGCACACCUUGCAAAGGUUCGACAAACACGACCAGUACUCACUCAUGGGUAUGGGCAAUAUCCACCUCAGCAUCGCUCGUGAAUUACCCAGAGGCUCCGAACAGGAGAAGGAGAAGCGCCGGAAGGCGUACGAGCGAGCGGUCGAGUUCUUUGACAAGGUGCUUCAGCUGGAUCCCAAGAAUGCCUACGCAGCCCAGGGUAUUGCGAUUGCUCUGGUCGAAGAUAAGAAGGACUUUGCUGGUGCUCUGCAGAUCUUCAGCAAAGUCAAAGAGACGCUCAGGGACUACAGUGUAUACGUGAAUUUGGGCCACACCUAUGCCGAGAUCAAACAGUACGCUCGCGCUAUCGAGAAUUACGAAGCAGCGCUUUCAAAGGAUAGGCAAAAUGACCCCAAGAUUCUCGCUUACCUCGGACGUACCUGGUACAUGCGGGCGAAGCACGAGCACAGUGUCUCAGCCUACAGAACUGCCCUGGAUUACGCAAAGCAAGCAGUCAAAAUCGUACCUUCCGAUCUCGGCUCUCAAUUCAACGUGGCGUUCCUCCAGUUCCAGAUUGCGCAAGACAUAAUUCGUCUGCCAACACCCCAGAAAACCCUCGAGGAAAUCAACGAAGCUACAGAAGGCCUACAGGCUGCCGUUGCAACGCUUGACAAUAUCGCCAAGGCCGAGAACCCACCAUUUCCUCGAAACGAUCUCACAUCCCGUGCCAACAUGGGUCGCAACACCAUGGCGAACCAGCUCGAACGAGAACGCACAAAACAGACUGCCCACGAGAACGAAAACGCCAGCAAACUCGAGCAGGCCCGUAAACUGCGUGAGGCAGAGAUGCAACGUCGUGAAGAGGAGAAGCGCAAGGUCGAAGAGGCGGCUCUCGAGAAGAAGCGCAAGAUCUUGGAAGAGCAGGAACGUAUUGCCGCGCGAGAUCGCGAGUUGAUGGAGAUGCGUGGUCUGGACGAAGAGAGACGUCGGGAUGAGGAUGAAGACAGGGAGGCGCGCAAAGCCGAGCGCAAGGCGCGUGGUCCCAAGGGCAGCGGUAAGAGGAAGAAGAAGGUUGCGCACGACGACUCAGCCACGGAUGACGGACUCUCUGAUGACGACGACGAACCGCGAUCCCGACGUCGCAGGACGAGUGCUUCUGGGACCGAAGGCCUUAGCGACGAAGAGCGACCACGCGAGAAGAAGAAGAGGAAGCUUCAGCGCAAGAGCGAACCGGCUGGCAAGUACAAGUCGGCCGAGUUCAUCGACGAUGACAGCGACGACGCUGAAGCUCCUGCGGAUGAUGUGCAUACGGCUACCACUCCCGCUGGAGAUGACAGUGCCGAUGAGGGCGUUGCUGCCACGUCAAGACCACGCAAGGGCCGCAAUGUCGUCGAUGAUGAAGAUGAGGACGAGGACGAGGGCAUCUCAGCGCCAAAGGCGAACGGCGACGUGGCCAUGUCCGACGACGAUGAGUAGGCCUCAUCUUGGAAGCUUGCGGAUCGCAAGCCAACAUCACGCAUGCGGCAUGAUUCGCUUUCGGAGACAUCCGUGAGUUGCGGCAAGGCCUUGAAGGGGUAAUGUGGGUUUGAGGCGUGCUUUGAAGGACCGCUGAUGGGCCUGAAAUAUCUGGCUGGUAUUCGCACUUUGUAUCUUGUAUUGCUUGCAUUAGCUAUGGCGUUUCCGGGGAACUUGAAGAGGUCAACUUGCAUACCAGAAAAGGACAGGCUAUAUCCACUAUCAUUGCGAGUUGAGCUGUAAAUUACACCAAUGAAGACGUAC